AUUUUGGAUACUGAGGCAGAGGAAGAACCAUGUGGUGAUCUGGAAAAAUGGUCCCAACCAAAAUCAUAUGACACGAAAACCGUGACAAAUUUGUCACGAUCAGACAAUGUAUCUUCUGAAGUAUCUGAAUUAGAGCAAGAUAAUGAAAAUGAUGAGGUUGAUGCCAGUCAAAUUGUAGAACAAGGUCUAAUGCAAGAAUUGUCCCAGAAUACCCCUGGCAUUGAAAUUAAUGAGUCAUGUAUUCAAAAAUUCGAUAACUUGGUCCCAG